UUUUCAUUGACUUGGAGGGAAUUAGGUCCGACCGUUGACUAAGUAAAAUCCCUCAUUCAAGGGCCCAGUACAAAACAUAACAUCGCGCCUUAACUUAAAUUGUCCACUGCUUCCAACCAAACAACAAAACGAAGUGUGGCCACCAUUAAUGGGGUUCUAUGUUAAUGGGCAAUGUAAUUUCAAUUUUAUACGAUCCGAAAAAAGCAUGGCUAAAAUUUUAUCCCUCAGAAGCUUGGAAGAAAUAAAGAAACAGAAAUUUAAGGAUGAGGGUGUUGUAACAAUAACAUCCCUCGAACAGAUUGAAGUCGAAGAAGCAGUUUAUAAGAAACUCCACGAUUUAAGUUUAAGGAUAAAAGUCAAUCCUAAUUUACCUGAAUUGUUGCAAGAAAAUCAUAAAUGUUACCUUUUGGAUUGUUUAAUUUACCUUUCUUCUGGUUACCAGUCAUUAGAUGCGAGCCGUCCAUGGCUGUGCUAUUGGAUUUUGCACGCAUUGGCUUUAAUGGGAAUCAAAAUAGAUGAGAAACUGAAAAGUGCCAUUGCAAAAUUUUUAGCAAAAUGCCAGAGUCCUGAUGGGGGUUUUGGAGGUGGACCUGGGCAUUUGCCACAUCUAGCAGCUACGUAUGCAGCAGUCAAUGCAUUGGUCAUCUUAGGCACAGAAGAAGCUUACAAUGUUAUUAAAAGAGAUAAGUUGCAAAAGUUUCUGUGGAGGAUGAGGCAGUCUGACGGCUCUUUUUGCAUGCAUCAAGAUGGCGAAAUUGAUAUUCGUGGUGUUUAUUGCGCUUUAGCGGUUGCUAGUCUAACAAAUGUGUUAUCAGAAGAUCUAGUCAGGGGCACUUUUGAAUGGAUAAUAAGUUGUCAGACUUAUGAAGGUGGUUUCUCAGGGUGUCCAGGGAUGGAAGCUCACGGCGGCUAUGCUUUUUGUGGAUUGUCUGCACUUAUAAUUUUAGGAAAAGGGCAUCUCUGUGAUUUGCAGGCUUUAUUGAGAUGGACAGUGAACCGGCAGAUGAGAUUAGAAGGUGGUUUCCAGGGACGUACAAAUAAGCUAGUUGAUGGUUGUUAUUCUUUCUGGCAAGGAGCCGCUUUUCCAUUAAUUUAUAGUUUGUUGGCUGAAGAUGGUUUUGAAGUGAAAAAUCAUUUUUUUGAUGAAAGAGCUUUACAAGAAUAUAUUCUAACAUGUUGUCAGCACCCACAAGGAGGUCUCUUAGAUAAACCUGGUAAACAUAGAGACAUUUACCACACUUCGUACACUCUCAGUGGAUUAUCAGUAGCCCAGCAUUUUAUGAACGAUCUUCAUAUUCUAGGAGAUCCAGAUAAUGAAGUAUGUUGCACACAUCCAGUUUACAACAUUAGGCCCGAUCAUGUUCGAAAAGCGAUGAUUUUUUUUAAUAAUUUAGGGGUCCCAAGUAAUCAUAACAUGAGUACGUGACGUUUAUAACGCUCCUAUUCAUAUUUUAUACAUUAUUGCUGAAUACAAGUUUUUUUUUUAA